UAAACCAUCGGUGUGUAUGUUCACAACCCGCCCCUUUUUCUGCUUUAUUUAAAAGGAAGAAUCUGCUGCUGGUUGCAGAAUUUACAACACUGAAAAUAUUCCAACUUGGAAACAUGGCUUUGCUGAAGAAGACAUUGGUGGGAGGUUUUGUCCUGUUUGGCAUUAUUCCUCUGAUUCGUGCCUGCUCGUUGAUGGACGCUGGUGGCAAAGAUCAGUGUCUGGAUUACUUCGAUUCUUCAUGGCACCCACAUGGAUCCACCUGGACAAACCGCAACUGUGUUACAUGCACUUGUAGGCCUGGAUACAUGAUCUGCUGCUCUGAAUUUCCAAAGUCUGUGAGCCCUGGCUGCACCCUGCAAAAGGACUUUAAAACAUGCAAAUAUACAGUGACUAAGAAUGACCCAUCAGUUGAAUGUAAAGUCAACCCCAUUUAAAGUUGUUGAGACAGAAGUUUCAAAAUCAAGGCUCACAUAUAAGGCCAUUGUGCAAACAAUAAUGUAGGUAGAAUGUGAGCCUUUUGUAGUUUAGUCUGAGAAAUCUGCUCUUACAAUAAAGCAUUACACAAAACAAUUGUUUAGUGUUUUUGUAACAGACUGAGUCUUGUAUAUUAACAUAAUUAACUGUGUACUAUAAUCUGAAUUUGGUGAGACUGAAGAUGAUCAGUGGGAGAAAAAUACUUCGCUGCAUUGAUUCUUCAUUGUUAAGUUCAGAUGCAGUAUGUUCUUUGAUGGUGGGUUAAGCUGACCAGCAUCAUCUAUACUGCAUAUGAUUCUCUUACUAUAUUCAUGAACCAGGCAAUGCUGAGCUCUUCUGAAAGCACAUAAACACCCUCACACUAUGCAUUUACACAUCUAA